AUGCCUCGGGGACAAUACGCAUUCGAUGAAUAUGUCCGAGAAGACGCAAACAUGCCUCGACAAAGCCACGCUCCAGUGGUUCAUGGAGGAGCAGACAACCCUCCCAUAGAAAAUGCCAUGGCAAACGGCGACUUUGAGAAGGACCCGGGUUUCGUAUACCUUGGGAUGUCACGUGAGGCAAAAGCCGCAUCGGCUGCUCGCCCGUUCGACUCCAAGAAGAAUGUUUGGGUACCAGACCCAGAGGAAGGUUUCAUCGCCGCUGAAAUCCAAUCUGUACAGGGAGAGCAAGUCACUGUUGUCACCGCCAAGGGAAACACGGUGACAGUGAAAAAGGAUGAAGCGCAAGAAAUGAAUCCCCCAAAAUUCGAUAAGACCGAAGACAUGGCUAACCUGACCUUCUUGAACGAAGCCUCCGUUUUGGCUAAUCUGAAGGACAGAUACAAGGAUAUGAUGAUCUAUACAUAUUCCGGUCUGUUCUGCGUCGUCAUUAACCCGUACAAACGCCUGCCCAUCUACACAGAAUCUGUAAUCAAAUUCUACAUGGGAAAGAGAAGAAACGAGAUGCCACCGCAUCUGUUCGCCACUUCCGAUGAAGCUUACAGAAACAUGGUGCAGGAUCGAGAAAACCAAUCCAUGCUGAUUACUGGAGAAUCUGGAGCCGGUAAGACUGAGAACACAAAGAAAGUAAUCUCGUAUUUCGCCAUUGUCGGUGCUACCCAGGCCGCUAAGUCUGACAAGGGACAAGGAACCAAAGGGGGUACUCUCGAGGAGCAGAUCGUGCAGACCAACCCUGUGCUUGAAGCUUUUGGUAAUGCCAAGACAGUCCGUAACAACAACUCAUCUCGAUUCGGAAAAUUCAUUCGAACCCAUUUCUCCGCACAAGGAAAACUUGCUGGAGGAGAUAUCGAACAUUACUUGCUCGAGAAAUCCCGUGUCGUACGACAGGCUGCUGGAGAACGAAGUUACCACAUUUUCUACCAAAUCAUGUCCGGAUUUGACCCUAAACUUCGUGAGAAACUGAAACUCACCAAUGAACUCAAAUACUACCACUUCUGUUCGCAAGCCGAGUUAACCAUUGAUGGUGUUGAUGACAAAGAAGAAAUGGGUCUCACCCAGGAAGCUUUCGAUAUCAUGGGUUUCGAAGAUGAGGAAGUCAUGGAUUUGUACAAGAGUUGCGCUGCUAUUCUGCAUAUGGGAGAGAUGAAGUUUAAACAGAGGCCAAGAGAAGAACAGGCUGAACCCGAUGGCGAUGAAGAUGCUCAGAACGUUGCUCACAACCUCGGUGUAAACCACGAAGAACUCCUAAAGGCUCUCGUUAAGCCUCGUGUGCGUGUCGGUACCGAAUGGGUGAACAAGGGACAGAACUUGGAGCAGGUUCACUGGGCAGUUGCUGGUCUCGGUAAGGCCAUCUACGCUCGUAUGUUCAAAUGGCUCAUUGCAAGAUGUAACAAAACUCUCGAUGCCAAAGAAAUCGAACGCCGGUUUUUCAUUGGAGUGCUCGACAUUGCCGGAUUCGAAAUCUUCGACUUCAACUCAUUUGAGCAGCUCUGGAUUAACUUUGUGAAUGAACGCCUGCAACAGUUCUUUAACCACCACAUGUUCGUCCUUGAACAGGAGGAAUACAAACGUGAAGGGAUCCAAUGGACAUUCAUCGAUUUCGGUCUCGAUCUACAGGCUUGUAUCGAACUGAUCGAGAAGCCCCUUGGUCUGAUUUCAAUGCUUGAUGAAGAGUGCAUCGUGCCAAAGGCUACAGAUAUGACCUACGUACAGAAGCUGAACGAUCAACAUCUCGGGAAGCACCCGAACUUCCAGAAACCCAAGCCACCAAAGGGAAAACAGGCGGAAGCUCACUUUGCUGUUGUUCACUACGCCGGUACUGUACGCUACAAUGCCACCAACUUCCUAGAAAAGAACAAGGAUCCUCUUAACGACACCGCAGUCGCCCUACUCAAGACGCACUCACAUGGUUGUAAAUUGAUGUUGGAAAUUUGGGCAGAUUACCAGACUCAGGAGGAAGCAGCUGAAGCUGCUAAGAGCGGAGCCGGAGGAGGAAAGAAGAAGGGAAAAUCUGCCUCGUUCAUGACUGUGUCCAUGAUUUAUCGCGAGUCCUUGAACAACUUGAUGAACAUGCUUUACCAGACUCAUCCUCAUUUCAUUCGUUGCAUUAUUCCCAACGAAAAGAAGACGUCUGGUUUAAUUGACUCUGCCCUCGUACUGAAUCAGUUGACUUGCAAUGGUGUACUGGAAGGUAUCAGAAUUUGUCGUAAAGGUUUCCCUAACAGAAUGCUCUACGACGACUUCAAACACCGUUAUGCUGUGCUCGCUGCCGAACAGGCUAAGUCGUCCGACGAUGUGAAAGCAUCAUCGAUUGCCAUCACUGAUAAGUUGGUCACCGACGGAAGUCUCAAGGAUGAAGAGUUCAAGAUUGGUAACACCAAGGUGUUCUUCAAAGCUGGAAUCCUCGCCAGACUUGAAGAUUUGCGUGAUGAGAUCCUCAGAGUAAUCAUGACCAACUUCCAAAGCCGUGUCAGGUGGUACCUCGGACAGACCGAACUCAGGAGAAGGAUGCAGCAACAAGCAGGCUUGCUCAUCGUUCAACGCAACGUUCGCUCAUGGUGCACCCUUCGUACAUGGGAGUGGUUCAAACUGUACGGAAAGGUCAAGCCUAUGCUCAAGGCAGGAAAAGAAGCCGAAGAAAUGGAAAAGCUAUCGGAAAAGAUCAAGUCUUUGGAAGAGGCCGUUGCCAAGGGUGACGAAUCCAGAAAACAGCUUGAAACACAGGUCGCUGGCCUAGUGGAAGAGAAAAAUCAGUUGUUCUUGAAUUUGGAAAAGGAGAAAGCAAACCUUCAAGAUGCCGAAGAACGUAAUCAGAAACUUGCAGCUCUGAAAGCAGACCUUGAUAAACAACUCGCUGAAGUUCAGGAUCGCCUUGCUGAUAUGGAAGACCGCAACAACGAUCUCUCCAGACUGAAGAAGAAGUAUGAGCAAGAGAUCGCUGAGCACAAGAAACAUGCCCAGGAUUUGGAACUUUCCUUGAAAAAGGCUGAGAGUGAGAAGCAGGCCCGCGACCACAACAUUCGCUCCCUCCAAGAUGAAAUGGCAAACCAGGAUGAGUCUGUUGCUCGCCUCAACAAGGAAAAGAAGCAUCAAGAAGAGGUCAACCGCAAGCUCAUGGAAGAUCUGCAAGCGGAAGAAGACCGCGUCAAUCACAUGGAGAAGGUCCGAGCUAAGCUUGAGCAACAAUUGGACGAUCUUGAGGAUGCCAUGGACCGUGAAAAAAGAUCUCGUCAAGAUCUCGAAAAGGCCAAACGAAAGGUUGAGGGCGAAUUAAAGGUUGCUCAGGAAAAUAUUGAUGAAAUCACGAAGCAGAAACACGAUGUUGAACAAAAUCUAAAGAAAAAAGAGGCGGAACUUCAUCAACUCUCGACACGCCUGGAAGAGGAGCAAUCGCUUGUUGCUAAGCUCCAGCGACAGAUCAAAGAACUGCAGGCUCGCAUUUCAGAGCUUGAGGAAGAGCUUGAAAAUGAAAGACAAAGCCGCGCAAAGGCAGAUCGAUCGCGCUCGGAAUUGCAACGCGAAUUGGAAGAGAUUAGCGAAAGACUUGAGGAGCAAGGAGGAGCCACUGCCGCUCAACUCGAGGCGAACAAGAAGAGAGAGGCCGAACUUGCUAAGCUGCGACGUGAUCAAGAGGAAGCUAAUCUUAAUCAUGAAACGGCUUUGGCGUCACUACGAAAGAAGCACCACGAUGCUGUAGCAGAACUGACAGAUCAGCUUGAGCAGCUCCAGAAACUGAAAGCUAAGGCAGACAAGGAGAAAGCUCAAUUGCAAAGAGAGCUGGAAGAAUUGUCUGCCUCCGUAGACAGUGAAGUUCGCUCUCGACAAGACAUCGAGAAGCAGCUUAAAGUUGUCGAAGUACAAUAUGCUGAGGCUCAAACGAAAGCGGACGAACAAUCCCGACAGCUUAAUGACUUUGCCGCUCUGAAGAACCGACUACAUAACGAGAAUGGAGACCUCGGACGCCAGCUUGAGGACAUGGAGAACCAGCUUAACAGCUUGCACCGCUUGAAAGCACAGCUGAGCAGCCAACUGGAAGAGACGAAGCGCAGCUACGAUGAAGAAGCUCGCGAGCGUCAAGCCCUUGCUGCUCAAGUGAAAAACUUCGAACAUGAGAACGACAGCCUUCGUGACCAACUCGACACCGAAUCAGAAGCUAAAGCUGAACUCCUUCGCCAAAUCAGCAAGCAGAACGCUGAAAUCCAACAAUGGAAAGCACGAUUUGAGAGCGAAGGUCUCGCUAAGCUCGACGAGAUUGAGGAAGCCAAGCGCAAGCUCCAAGGCAAGGUCCAAGAACUGACAGAUGCAAACGAAAUGGCCUUCGCCAAAAUUGGAUCGCUCGAAAAGACUCGCCACAAGCUUAUGCAAGACUUAGAUGACGCACAAGUUGAUGUUGAGCGCGCUGCCUCAUAUGCUGCUGCUUUGGAGAAGAAACAAAAAGGCUUUGACAAGAUCAUUGAUGAAUGGAGAAAGAAACACGAUGAUCUCGCCGCUGAACUUGAUGCUGCACAGAGAGACAACCGCAACCUUUCCACUGACCUCUUCAGGGCGAAGACCGCUCAAGAUGAGCUCACGGAGCAUCUGGAAAGUGUCCGCCGUGAGAACAAGCAACUCGCACAGGAAGUGAAGGAUCUUGCUGACCAACUCGGAGAAGGAGGACGGUCCGUCCAUGAACUCCAAAAAAUGGUCCGUAGGUUGGAAGUCGAAAAGGAGGAACUACAGAAAGCCCUUGAUGAAGCUGAAGCAGCGCUUGAGGCUGAAGAAGCCAAAGUUCUCCGCGCCCAAGUCGAAGUGUCCCAAAUUCGCUCCGAGAUUGAGAAACGUAUCCAGGAAAAAGAGGAAGAAUUUGAAAACACCCGUAAGAACCACCAACGCGCCUUGGAAAGCAUGCAAGCCACACUGGAAGCAGAGACAAAACACAAAGAGGAAGCCCUACGCAUCAAGAAGAAGCUCGAGGCCGACAUCAAUGAACUCGAAAUCGCCCUCGACCAUGCCAACCGUGCUAAUGCCGACGCUCAGAAGACGAUCAAAAAAUACAUGGAGACUGUUCGCGAGUUGCAGCUCCAGGUUGAAGACGAACAGCGACAAAAGGACGAGAUAAGGGAACAAUUCCUCAAUUCAGAAAAACGUAAUGCCAUUCUUCAGACCGAGAAGGAAGAGCUCUCGCAAGUGGCGGAAGCCGCAGAACGUGCCAGACGCAACGCUGAAACUGACUGCAUAGAACUACGUGAGCACAACAACGAUCUGUCCUCCCAGCUCAAUGGCAUCACAGCGGUCAAGAGAAAGCUCGAAGGAGAGUUGCAAGCCAUGCACUCUGAGCUCGAUGAGACCCUUGCUGAACUCAAAAACGUCGACGAAAUGGGUAAGAAGGCUGCCGCCGAUGCUGCUCGGUUGGCUGAGGAGUUGCGUCAAGAGCAGGAACACAGCAUGCAUGUCGAAAGAAUACGCAAAGGUCUCGAGGUCCAGAUUAAGGAGAUGCAGAUUCGUCUCGACGAAGCUGAAGCAGCGGCCCUUAAAGGUGGAAAGAAAAUCAUUGCUCAACUUGAGACCCGAAUUCGCAGUCUUGAGCAGGAGCUUGACGGAGAACAACGACGCCACCAAGAAACUGACAAGAACUGGCGCAAAUCAGAACGUCGUGUAAAGGAAGUCGAAUUCCAACUCGAAGAAGACAAGAAGAACCAGGAGCGACUCACCGAACUUAUUGACAAGUUGCAAGCUAAGCUGAAAGUGUUCAAACGACAGGUCGAAGAAGCUGAAGAAGUCGCUGCCACCAAUCUCGGCAAAUAUCGUCAACUGCAGGCUCAGCUCGACGAUGCGGAGGAGCGCGCUGAUAUCGCAGAGAAUGCACUGAGCAAAAUGCGCAACAAGAUUCGCGCAUCCGCCUCAAUGGUACCAAGCGGACCCGGUGGACUGGCACAAUCCGCAAGUUCGGCAGUUAUCCGAAGCACCUCGUUUGCCAGAAGCCAAGAUUUCUAA